AUGGGCAAGUUCCGCUUUCUCCAUUUUCUUCGCGAGCAAUGGACAGAGCUCCCGAUCUCCACUGCGGAUGUCAGCGACAAGUCGCUGGUCGUGGUCGGUGCUAAUGUCGGGCUUGGAAACGAAGCUGCCGUGCAUUUAGCCCAGCUAAGCCCCAAGAGCCUGUUGAUCACCAGCAGAGACGAAGCCAAGUGCGAAGGGUCAAAAGCAGACGUGGAAACCCGGUCGGGCAUGACUGAUAUCGAAUCCUGGCCUCUCGAGCUAUGCUCAUUCGACUCAGUGCGUUCUUUUGUGAACAGGUUUGAGGCGAAGGGCUGCACAGUAGACGCUCUAAUUGCCAACGCCGGCAUAGUGACAAUAAAGUACGCGAAAACCCCGGAUGGCUACGAAACUUCAUUGCAAGUGAAUUACCUCUCGACCGCUUUGUUGAGCAUAUUGAUGCUGCCUCACCUCAACAAGACCGGGACCCCUGAAAACCCCUCCAGACUUGUCAUUGUGACUAGUGCGGUUCAUUAUCUCGCCAACAGAUUGGAAGGAGCAGAUAAAUGGCCUAGUAUCAUCGACAAAAUAAAUGACGAGGAGUAUUCAAUGAUUAACGUGAUGAGAAACCGCUACCACCUAUCCAAGCUCCUCGAAGUGAUGUUCAUCAGAGAGCUAUCUUCUCGACUUCCCAUACCAACCUUAAUCGCAGUUUCGGCGGUCAAUCCCGGGCUCUGCCACUCCCGUCUUGGGCGAGAAUUUGAACCGAAUCUUUUCCUCAAGUUUGCUGGGAGCAUUUACAAAGGGUUAAUGGCACGCACGACUGAGAUGGGCAGUCGAACCCUUGUCCACGCAGCAAUCGAACCAGGUGAGAGGGAACGGCAUGGUCACUACGUGUCGAGCUGUGAGGUUGCAGAGGAGAGUGAUUAUGCUCUCAGCGUGGAAGGAAGGGAGGUGUCAAAGCGUCUGUGGUAUGAGACCAUCAAGAUCCUUGGAGACAUCGAUCCAAGAGUUCGCACAAUUAUGUCUGAGUACCUCAUCCAGGACGUAGCAUUGGAGUAG